AUGGAGCCUUAUACCAUCGACCCCGAAAAGCAAUGGAGUAACACUUUGAAAAUUCUUCCACAGUUUGACGCCUACCGGGUGGCCUACAAACAUGUGAACAACCAGCCAAUCCAUGCGUUCUUUGUUAUUCCAAAAAGCCUACCACCUGGGCCACGGCCGUUGUUGGUCAGGUUUCAUGGUGGUGGAUGGACAGAAGGAGAGGCAGAUGCAUCGCUGAGACCAUUUUUCCUCGAGUUGGCACUCAAAUACGGGGCUGUGGUCCUCGCCCCAGACUAUCGUCUUCGGCCUGAACAUGAGAUGGUAGACGGCAUCAACGACGUCCGUUCAUUUUGGAAAUGGGUCGAGCAGGAUGCGCAGAGCGUCCUGCAGAAAUCUAUCCCGGCACUUGAGCUGGAUGUGAAUAACCUGCUAAUCGGUGGUGAGAGCGCUGGAGGCUACCUCACGGCGCAGACAGCAUUGCUAGGGAUGACCAAACUCUCUAUUAAGGUUCUUUUCAUACAGUAUCCUGCACUGGACCUCAAAGAUGCAUUUGACAUACCAGAAGAUCCCACUUCCCACCCAGCAUUCACGCCGCGUAUUCCAUACUCUCUGGUUGAGGAUCACUUGGCAGCCUUAGAGCCUGGAGCAAUUUGCUAA